GUGCAGGCGUUGGUACCUGUCCUACUAGAGCGACAGUCCGGUGGGCCCAAGCCGCUCACAAAUUUUGCCCACACCUUGAGGUCAACGAUUUCAUUCAUUUCCAUCAUGACGAGUUUCGUAGGACGGAAGAACGCUUCAGCCAAGACCAUGGCACCAACAGCGCGUGUGACUUCCAAGAUCGGUCUCUCCCCUCUUCAAGAAGCCGGAAAGCGUGUUUCGAAGCUACGCCUCUCCUUGAGAGACAAGAGCGGUGGCAACCUCAAUCUUUCGUUUCGAUCGCGCCGUGGAGUGAAGGUAUCGAUCGAUCCCGAGCGCAUUGCUGUGCCCGAGAAUGGACCAUUUUCGAAAGGUGUAAAGGUGACUAUUGAUCCCGAUCGCCUUGGGCCAGAUACUUUGAUUCGUGAGGAACGAAUGAAGAAUCACUGCGGAGAAGACACCAACAGCCGCGUUCAAUUUCGUACCACCGUAAGCGUCAAAUUGAUCCCUUCUCACCGAGAACUGCGCCCUGAUGUAAAAGCAAAACUUUGGGAUUCUAAACAACUUCGACAAGCGAACGCGAUUCGAAAUCGGGCCGAAUACAUGUCGGAUGGUCGCGAUUGGCGGAACUGUGCCGAGGAGAACGACAUGUUCAUUUUCUUCGGAGAGCUGAUUCACCCAUACACAGAUGCAAUCAUGAUGGGUGAAGCAGCCGAGUACGAGAAGCGGCAAUUCGCGCGCCUUUCAAAGAAGAAGGAGGAGUCACAGGUGAACAUGUUGUGUUCAAAGAAGGAGGAGUCACAGGAGCGUCCUCUUUCCCUCAAGCAACGAUUGGUAGUUCUCGCGAGUGGCGUCUUCUUUUCCUCUGCAGUGGAGAAGAAAUCCAAGCGUCGCGAGACAAAGGAGAAUUUCCUUCUUUCUUUGGCUCGCCAGAACCAUCAGGCCAUCGGGGUUGCUACUUAAUUGAAAGCUCAAGAUAGAAAGAUAAACAUAAUUUUU